AUGUCGCAGGCGAGCCAGCUCACGAUCCUCAUCCCUGCUGCCUGGAUUCCAUACUAUGAGGGUGGUUUCUAUGCCCGUCUUCUUGCACUUGCAGGGUUCAUAUGGAUUGUAUACGACUACCUUCUCACCCUCGAGGACGAGAUUGAAUAUUUCUGGGCUGGGCCCUGGUCAAUAUCAAGAGCCUUGUUCUUCUGGAACCGCUACUUCUCUCCAGUAGUACUCAUACUGGUCUUAAUCUGUCUCUUUGGAACAGACCUAUCCGCCGAGGCGACAUUUGUUACCGAUUACAUCGGCAUAACUGUCGUCCAAGCGAUCAUUGUCGUAAGGGUGUGGUACAUAUAUUCCGGGAGGCUCCUUGCUCGAGUGUUCGUCCUAGGCGUUUUCUUGGCGUCGAUCGUCAUCUCCGCCCGCGAAUUUGCCGCCAUCCUCCCAUCCGUCCACUUCGAAGUCGAUGUGUCCCUGCCAUUCCGAGGAUGUCCCGCACCACCUAUCACGGGUGUUUGGACGAUUUUCCUUCCCUACCUUGUCACGCAGACCAUCCUCUUCGUCGCUACCAUGUGGCCAGUGGUCAACCUUCGCAGACAAGGGAGAUAUUCGCAAGUGAUGGGCCGACUUGUCAGAGACGGCUGUGUGUUUUAUUUCGCGUUCUUCGUCGGGGCCGCGUUCACCACUAUCGGUUCAAUCCAAAAAGGAGACGUAUCGACUCAGCUCUUGUAUACGGCCGUGUUCUCCAACUUCCUCCUCGCCGUUUCCUCUGUCUCCGUCUCCCGACUCAUCCUCAGCAUCCGCUCGCUCGCAUCGCAACUAUCCAUGGACCCCGAUACCUUGCUCAGCACUGCAGAGCUCAGUCGCAUCACGUGGAAGCGGGGUGCCUACGACGGCGAGAUCGUUGUUGAGAUCAAUACCAUCGAGGAAGACUCGUAUGACAUGGAUGAACUGGAACACUCUGGCCGGUCGAGCACACCUGGGUUCUACACAACCCAGGUGGGGAUGUACGACGAUAUUUCGCUGCCGGUACCAAGCACUGCUGCUAGGUCCAGCAGACCAUCGUUCAGGGUCACUCAGCUUGUUUACCCUCGAUCACCCAAGACGGUGUUCAUAUGA